CUGGCGCGCUGCGCACAGAAACACUCCAACAUCUGAGUGGAUGUCGCUCCAUGCGCGUAGCCGGUGCGUUGCAGCUUUAAGUAGUCCAUCAUGCCUUGCGGUGCGUCCCACUUCAGUUUGGAGGUAAUUCACUCCCGAGGUCCCCGACACGGCUGAGCGGAGCGGCACAUGUGUGGAUGUCCGACUCCAUCGCGGGUGUUUACAUCGCGGAGAGGGAGAGAGAGGCGGGGACGCGCGCUCGCCUCCGCGUCUGCGGGGUUUAAAGCGGGGAUCUCCUGCUGCCCGACGCGCCGCAGGGAGCGCUGACUUUUUACUCAAGCGAGGCAGAGAGAAGCACUGCUGGAAGAGGAUGGAAAGCUGUGGCUCCCCCUUGUGGCGUGGAGGAGUGAGGGGCCUCUGAAUGAAGGCCAUGGAGCUGAAAGUGUGGGUGGACGGAGUACAGCGCAUCGUGUGCGGAGUCACAGAGUUCACCACAUGCCAGGAAGUGGUCAUCGCUUUGGCGCAAGCCAUCGGACGCACUGGCAGAUACACUCUGAUCGAGAAAUGGCGAGAGACGGAGCGACAUUUGGCUCCCCAUGAAAACCCCGUGGUGUCCCUCAAUAAGUGGGGUCAGUAUGCCAGCGACGUGCAGCUCAUUCUGCAGCGGACCGGCCCGUCCGUCAGCGAGCGGCUGACCUCCGACGGCCUGGCCUCCGUCCCAGAGCGAGGACUCUACCGCCAGAGCCUCCCGCCUCUGGCCAAGCUGCGGCCAUCGGGCACUGACCGCUCUCUGAAACGAAGAGAACCCAAGCGCAAGUCUCUGACCUUCACCGGGGGUGCCAGGGGCCUGCGGGAAAUUUUUGGCAAAAGCAAAGACUGUGAAACCAAGCAGCCCCAGCAGCGCGGCGUGAGCCUCAACCUGAGCAGACUCGGAGGAGGGGGGCCAGCAUCUGCACCCGGGAGUCCAGCCAGAGAGCUGAGCCGCCUGGUGCAGCUGCAGAGAGACAAACUGCAGGCCCUGGAGAGCCGUCUGCUGGGCUGUGAGGACGAGCUCCGAGACUGGGAGGACGCCAGCGGCGAGGCUGCUGACGAAGGAAACUCCGAGGAUGAGCUGCUGUUGUUAGAGCAGCAGGUGAGGAGGAACGAAGCCGAAGCAGAGGAGGAGGAAUUCUGGCAGAACGAGCUGCAGAUCGAGCAGGAGAGCGAGCGUCAGCUGAGGCUGCAGCUAGCGGAGCUGCAGAGCCGAGUGCGCGACUGCGAGGCCAAGCUUUCAGAGUACUUGGCACGCAUUCAGAGCAUGGAGGCAAACGUGGAGCAGGAGAGGCUGCAGCAGGAGGCUGAGCUUAACCAGAAGGUCAAGGAGGAGGAGGUGCAAGUCCAGCUGGAGAAAGUCAAAGCCGAGCUGGAAAUCCAAAGCCAACAAACGGCCCGGCUGGAGAGCAGCUGCAUGGCGUUGGAGCGCUCACUCUGCCAGUCAGGCAAGAGAUUACAGGAAAGGGAGCAGGAGCUGGAGCAGCUGACAAAAGAGCUCCGACAGGUCAACCUGCAGCAGUUCAUUCAGCAGACGGGCACCAAGGUCACCGUGCUGCCCGCCCAACCCACAGGAGAGAACGCCACAGAGGUGGACUGCUGCUCUCUGAAACGACUGGGUUCUUCCCGCCUCUUACCCAGUGACCUCCGCACUCUGCAGAGCAUGGCCUCCUCCAGCCUUAACCCCGAAGGCAUUUACGUUUGAUCCCGAUUAAACAGCCGGACCGACUCCCAAGUCGAAUGACUCUGCGAACUCUAAGUAGGUUUUAGCGCCAUAUUGUGUCAACAGUUAAAAAAAAAAAAAGACUUGGCAAGAAGCGUCUGUUUUGCCUCUUUUCCUGCACUGCCUCCAUCUGACCGGCUGCUACUGGAAUUCAAGCGAAAGUCGAUAUUCAUUUGCAUACUAACAUUUUCCAUUCCGUCUGAACUCUGACCGAGAAAGCGGAGCGGCUGCAUAAUAAAUAUAAGCCAGCAGAUCCACUCUACAGACACGUGGAGCUGCAACAACUGAUGAUGUACACGAUGAGAGCAUUUCAGGACUUUUUGAACCAUGUAAAAAAAUAAAAAUAAAAAAAAUGCAUGAGCAUGCACAAACAAUAUUGUUCCUAAAACCAUAGCCAUAUCUAUUUGCCUUAUUCUGGUGAUUUAUUACCAGACUUCAGUAAUGUUAAAAUAGUUUUGAACACUAUGCCCCAUUUAGAUUUGUGUAAAUAAUUCUGAUAACAACUGAUGUCAAUUACACUCAUAUUCUUUAAAAAAAAGUUGACUUAUGUAGCAGAAAAUAACCUGUUUGAUGGUUCUAUAAAAAAUAAAUUAUGUAACAGAGUUUAGGGAAGAUUUACUGUGCAAAUAGAGUGUGAUGUGAAUGAAUGAAUGACGUAAAUCAAGCGGCCUUUAAGUCUAAACUGUAAAUCAGAAAAUGCAGUGUUGGGUUUUGACCACUAGAUGGCGACAAACACACAUUAAACUCCAAGGUGAGCUUCAUGAAAGUCACUUACCUCCUCUUGGCUCAAUGGAAGAAGCCUGCACUCAUGUACAAUGAGCAAAUAUGACUGUGUUUUAUUGUGUAACAAAGCCUCAGCACUUUAGCUUUCAGUGUAUUAAAGGUGCCACUCAUUUUUCUUUUUUUUUUUUUUUUUUUUUUUUUUAUGCGACCUAUUUUAACAAACUAAAGAUGUCUCAUGAGAACCAAAGCUAGUGGAAGAAAACAAAAUCUGGGAUGAAUGUCAAUUUCUUUUCACAUCGUAAAUACUUUCUGAAGUUUUUUGUUGUUGUUUUUAUUUCUGAAUAGGAAAGCUGUGUAACAAAAUGUUCUUUUUUGGAAAUUUGCAGGAAGACAAAAACCCAAAUUGAUUCAAAAUAAAUGUAAAUGUGCUUUAAAAAUGAAGACAAAUGUCGUUUUUUUUUUUAUAUAUAAACCAAAGACAUUUACCUCUUGCAGUAAAACAUUUCCCAUGAAAUAAAAUUACUUUUGUGUCUUGAACAGUUAUUUAAAUAUGUAUAUCCUCCUUUAAAAUGAGGCAAAAUGUUUGCUUGGCGGGCGGCGUUUUAAACUUUCUGGAUUAUCAUUAAAAAAUGUGGGUGACUCAUCCUGU